GAAGGAUAAGGGGAAGGGGAAAGAGAGAUAGAGAUAGAGACACAUAUGGCGUUACUGGGCACAUCAAUACAGCGUAAUUUUUGUCACUGUGCACAACAGUAAUUACUAUUUUUAAAUUAUUGGAAGGGGUGGGUGUAGACGCUAAUAAAACAAAAUCUAAAAGGUAAAUUGUUUGUUUCCGGUCGGAGCUGUAUCCCUUUUAGCCACAAAAGAAGAAGAAUUAACACGUCCCCUGUAGUCACAUGGCGAAUCUGUCUCUAGUGUCUUUAGUAACGGAGUGACGCCGUUCUGUUUCUAAGCGCAACCCAGAAGCAAAAUAAGGCUCUUCUCGCUAACUUUCAUUGUAAAUUCUGCAGUCCUUCACACCAUUCCCAGUCUAUUUUCAUGAAAGUGCCUUUUGCUUUUCGGACCUUUUGUUAAGGCUCUAUAUUUAAUAUUGGAUACGUUUAUUUUUCUUCUUGCCACGUUAAAACUCUUCUGCAUCACCCUGCCGUAAUGGCUGAUUUUGAGUUUAAUGAGCAUCAUCAAAAUGAGGUGAUAAACUACAUGCGUUUUGCCCGCUCUAAACGGGCACUGAGACUGAAGACAAUUGACUCCUGCUUCCAAGAUCUAAAAGAUAGUAGGCUUAUGGAAGAGACAUAUACAGUAGAUGAGGUAUCUGACAUGCUGGACGGUCUGCAGGUGCUGGUGCGUGGAGAAGUGGAGAUGGAACUAAUAAACACAGCUCACACUAAUGUGCUGCUUUUGCGACAACUCUUUUCCCAGGCAGAGAAAUUCUACCUAAGGUUGCAAACGGACAUUUCUGAGCUGGAAAACAGAGAACUACUAGAGCAAGUAGCUGAGUUUGAGAAGACUGAUUUCAAAGCCAACAGCAAGGUAAAUCAGGAGUCUAGUAAGCCAAAAUUGGCACCACUGAAUGAAGGAGGUGUGUCUGAACUACUCCAGAAGGAGAUUUCCAGACUACAAGAGGACAAUGACAAACUAAAAGCUAGACUUAGGACUUUGGAAUCUCAGGCCAUGAGUGCUCUGGAUGACAAGUCUAAAGCAGAGAGAGCCUUGAAAGACCUUCAGAAGAGCCAAGGAGAUCAACAGUUUGCAACACAUACUCAGGAGAUCUCAAAUUUGGAAGGCACAGUUGCAGCUAUGCAGGCUGACUUUGAAAAGACCCUGAAUGCUAACGUUGCAUCUCAGAAAGACUUGCAGGACUGCCUGGUAUCUGCCAAACAUGACCUGCUCCGUGUCCAGGAACAACUUUCUCUUGCUGAAAAGGAACUGGAGAAGAAAUUUCAGCAGACGGCUGCUUAUCGCAACAUGAAGGAGAUUCUCACUAAAAAGAAUGAACAGAUUAAAGAUCUGAGAAAGAGAUUACAAAGGUAUGAAUCAGAUGAGUGAAUUUUAACCCACAGGAACACACAUGAGGUCAACAGAUUAUCAUUGGACCUGAUGUAUCAGCUACACCUUGUAUGCUUACUUUGGAUUAGAAAUAUUAUUGGGCCAUUCACACUACAAUUACCUAGUUAUUCAUCACCUCUCUGUAUUUUUUUUUUUAAGUGUUUACAACUGGUUACCUGAGAGGAAGCUUUAUAAGUACCCUCAUAUACUUUGUGGGUUCACUUUGCUUAAGAGGAAGUGUAUUGCUCAUAGAUUUGCUCCCUCUUUACUGGAAGAAUACAACUCAACACUUUUGUCAAACAUUGUUUAAAAAAAACUACACAUUUAUGCGUUAUAAUAAUAAUAAUAAUAAUAAUAAUGAUGAAUUCUUCCAGUUGUAUGUUUUUAUGUAUACAGUAAUCUCUUUAAUCUACUAGGAGCUUGAGCUAUAGCAACAAGCAUAUAACCUAUAAAAAAGUGUAUAUAUAAUAUAAUAAUUAAGCAUAAUCCUGUGUGAUCCAUGUGUACGAUGUAUAAUGUUUUAUUGCCACCUUAAAAAAAAUGUAAUCUAAAAUUACGAGAUUAAAGUCAUUUCAUGAAUAAUGUAAAAAUUCCGAGAAUAAAGUAGAAAUAUUACGAGAACAAAGUCAAACUAUGAGAAUAAGGUUGAAAUAUUUCAACAAUAACCCUCAAUAACCCUUAUGUUAUGUUCGGGCUGUUUUUGUCCCAAAAAGAUUUUCUUUUUCCCAAAUAGUAAUGUUUACUAAUACUUAAUACUAAUAAUGUUUUCGAAUUGGACUUAAAUUUAGUUAAUAUGUACUACUACUUAAAUAUUUUUUUUUUAUUUAGCUUGUUUUCUUUCAUUUAGGAAUGGUUUUGUAUUUCUAUGUGCAUGAUUAAUCUGUUUAUCUGAGAGUAAAUACCUAAUUUUUAAGGUGAACAUUUUGUUUUAUCUUAAUUUUCACAAUAUUAAAGAAUUAUAAAAAAAUUUGCACUGUUCAUCACACUAGUGUGCUUUAAUGUUUAAUCUGGAAGUUUGCUUUUAAAUGCUUUUAUUUUGUACAAAAUUGCAAGAAAGUCACAAUUUAUUUCUAUGUGCAUUUGAUUAAUCGUAAGCCUCAUUUAUACAAAAGUGGGUCCCACAUUUUUGGAGUGAAAAUUUAUUUCAUAAAUACUUUCCUCAAUAUGAGCUAAAAAAAAUGAUGAAAAAUGUGUUUUUUGUUAAAUCAAUAGGUUUGUGUAGGUAAAUGCUUUUAUUUUGUUCAAAAUUUAACAAAGUCUCACUUGUCAAAAAUGGGCAGCCAUUGAAAAUGAAUGGGGAAGAAUGACAGUAAAAGAAACAACUAGUGUUCAGAAACAUGUGUUUGUAAACAUAAGGGCUUUAGACCUUUGCGUGUGUGGAUGCAUGUAUACUCAAGCUACCUCACACACUCACACAGACACUGCUUUGUCUUUAGUCUGUAUUGAACUCAAAAUAAUAUUUUCUUUCACCACAUAUUCAAGACAAAACAUGAUAAGUUUUAAGGAGUUCAUGUUCUCAGAGUAGACAAAAGCACAGAGAGAAAGCAUACAAAUGCCUCACAGUUCCUUGCUUGUCAUUCAGUCUGUUUUAGUGCAAAGGUGAAGAAGCUGAAAAUCUUGCAACAGCUGAAGUGGAGAAAUAUUUGGAUUUUGAAGAAAUUCAGCCCAGCUGAAGUUGAUGUAACAUUCUGGUCGAAGGGUGGGAAAAAAAGAAAAAGAAAAAAAAAAAAGAUUAUAUUGAAGACAAUGCAGGCUAAAGACAAGGCAGUUUGAAUUUGUGUGUAAUAGAGAAAUAGAGAGUUAUAACAUCUGUGUGUGUGUGUGGAUAGAGAGUAUACAUGCAUCCAUACACACAAGGAAUAAAGUUGAAACAUUGUGAGAAUAAAAUAAAAAUGUAUCAAGAAUAAA